AUGAACCCACCUCUGCCCUGCAUUAGUACGUCCUCAUCAUCCUCAUCAACCACUACGUCAUCCGAAAUUAUACCCCGGUCUGCUUCCUCUUCAGUCAAGGCUCUAUCCCCGGAUGAUUUUAAGUCAUCUUCUUACCCGCAGUACACCCAAUCGCCUUCUCUCCUCGCCCGCUCUUCUACCUCGAGCGGCGGCGCAUCACACAUACGUUCAUCGCGCCCCCACUCUCCAAAAAUAACUUCGUCAAAGCCUUCUUCACCCAUAGUAGCUCCUAGAGCCUCUAAUCUAUCUACCUCCACACCCCCGAGUAAAUGCUCAACUCCCCCAAUCGCUCCUACUACCCCUAUUGCUCCUCCUUCUCGCGAUGAUACUGGAACCCUAUCUCCUCCCAAGCGAGCCAGACACAUGGAUCCUUCAAUCAAAGCCCUUCCUCAGCUGUAUCAACACUGUCCUACAAAUGAUCUUGUGUACCUGAUCAGUGACAUGUUGCUUGAGCUGGUGGGCUUGAAUGAUAAGAUACCACUAUCGGGGGCAGGCUUGACCCGUUUCCACUCGCGAGCGCCGCCUACAAUAUCAAUCCCAGACUACUUAUCGAGAUUAGCACUGCAUGCGUCUCUACAACCAUCGAUCCUCUUAUCGAUGGUUUACUAUAUUGACAUACUGUCUACUCAUUACUCGCCAUUCGUUGUCUCCUCGCUGACUGUGCACCGUUUCCUAAUCACGGCUGCAACUGUCGCGUCUAAGGGUCUUUGUGACUCCUUCCUCACAAAUGGGUUCUAUGCCAAAGUUGGUGGUGUUAGUUUGAUGGAGCUAAAUCUACUGGAGCUGGAGUUUCUUGUUAGGGUUGGGUGGAGGAUUGUACCAAAGGGUGAAGUUCUGGAGGAGUAUUAUAGGAGCCUGAUUGGAAGAUUACAAUCAAAAUAUAUAAUUGAGGGCGCGGAAGAGGCCCUGGGUGAUACUCCGGGGUCCUCAGGAUCUUCUGCGGUUGCAGGUGUAGCUGGACCGGCGGGAAGUUGA